AUGAAAUCUCCGAAAUCAACGAAGAGCUUGCGGUCAAUCAGGUCGGCUCGGUCUGGAAAUACUGAAAACAUUUUUCACGACGAUGUUUGUGACUUGGAUAAUAUGCUAGUUAUGGCAUGCGCAAAGUUUAAUUGUCCAUAUGCAGUUAGUGUGAAAAAGGAAAUAAGACAAGACGACUAUUAUAAGGCAUUGAAACAGGCGGAUAAUAAAACUAAGUCUAAAAGAAUAAGUUUAAUGCCAGAGCACAAGGUACCGGAAUCAACCGUUGACGUUCCAGCACCUUCGGAUCAAGCUUCAUCUGUGGCUCCUUCUGUGUCUUACACAAAUAACAUAGCUACGACAUUUGUAUAUGAUAAUUAUCAUACUUUAACAGAAAUCAAAAUAACUAAAGUGUCACAAGUACCGAAUAUUCUGCUAAAGAUAAUCGGCUUAUUAGUACCAUAUUACAAGAAUUUAGUGCCAUUAAGUAUUACCAAUUGUGGAAUUGAUAUGUACAUUAUACACGAAUUGGGCAAAAUGCUUAAUGUGUCAACAAUUACAGAAAUAUUGCUUGACGGAUCACCUUUAGCAAGCUGCGAUUAUAGUAUGUUAUUGAGAAGCAGUCUCAGAAAUCUCUCAUUAUGCAGAUGUAAGGUAAAUGAUGAGGCUUGCGAAAUAAUCGCUUCAAAGCUACACCACGCCGCCGCUGCUGAUAAUUUAUUGCUUUUAAAUCUAUCCUCAAACCACAUAACAGAUGAGGGAGCGAAAUAUUUCGGAGGUGCGUUGAGAACUAAUAGACAUUUGCGGUAUUUAAAUUUGGCCGACAACCACAUCACCGACGACGGUGCCUGUUACUUAUUAGACGUGUUAAUUGAAUUUCCUCUAACAUAUGACGAAAUAUUAAAUAUGCGUCGGAGGCGGUUAGAUUAUUUUAAAUGUAGAAAUGCUCUGUAUUCAAAAUACUUAGAGGGAUAUUGUAAAAGAUCGUAUGAUCAAAUCAGUCAAAGUAUCUCGUCGAAAAGAAAAAAAACAUCGACGACAACAUUAAAAAGUAAAUCCAGUGCUAGAAAAGAAAAAGAGAGACCUAGCAGCGGAAGUGCAAUUGAAGACUUUAUUAAAACAAAGGCUGAAAUGAUGCUUGCCGAAGUAAUGGGACCUUUUCAAGAUCCAUUUCAUCCACAUUAUACAAAGAAUGUUGAUGGUUACAAAUACUGCUUCGGCAAUAUGACGCUUGCUUCACUAAACUUGGCAUAUAAUAAUUUAUCAUAUAUUACAAUAAAAAAAUUAUAUAAAGUUAUACUUUAUCAAAAUUCAAUAAGAAAUAGAAUAAAUGGUGGUCUCGUUAAGGUUGUAGUUGAUGGGAACAAUAUGCCUAUAAGUUGCACAGAAAUGACAGACAUAAAUGAUUUAAUGGCGAAAAAUACCGGACAAACUGGUGAGAACUUAGAUUUACUUCGUCGGAGAAGUCGGGCUAUAAAAUAGAGAAAGAGUAAGAUGUUUAUUUUAAAUAAAAAUAUAUAAAUAUGU